AUGGGCUCCUCUUUCAACGACGAGAUAGUGGACACCUCCGCAGAAAUUGGCAGCACAGAAUCCGCAGAUCGCAGUCCGGAAGCCGAGAAUGGCAUCGGUAACCGCUCAAUUGAUUCCGAGGACCGCUCCGAAGCCGCAAGCACGGAGUCCUUAGAGCCUCCUAAGCUCAAGUACUCCCGUUUGAACAAACUACCCGCGAGGUUCUUCACCAGGGAUGCCGUCAGUUGCUGCUACUUCCACGAGAAAGUGUUUAUAUUUGCAACCCACUCCGGCUUUGUCCACCUGACUCGACCUGACUUCACGCCGCUGCGCACCAUGAAGACCCAGAGAAGCUCGAUCUUGUCGCUGCACAGCGACGGCGAGUACUUUGCCGCUGGGUCGAUCGACGGAACAGUGGUGAUCGGGUCGGUUGAAGACGAGAAGGAUAUCACGGCCUACGACUUCAAGCGGCCCAUACACGCUGUGGCUUUGGACAAAAACUACAAGACAAGCAAGCUAUUUAUUUCUGGCGGGACCAGCGGCAACGUGGUGUUCUCAUCGCGCAAUUGGUUGGGACAAAGACAGGACACUGUGGUCGGCGGCGGCAGCGGGGCAAUCACAAUGAUACAAACGAUAGACGACAUUGUCAUCUGGACGAACGACUCUGGCAUCACGGUGGCCCAGAUUCCGACAAAAACGGUCAUUUUCCACGAGCAGCUGCCCAGGAACUUUCCCAGGCCAGAGAUGUUCUGGCCGCGCUUCCAUCAGGCCGACGCCGACCGGUUUCUUGUCGGCUGGGUCAACCAUGUGUGGUCGUUCAAGAUCUCCAUCUUGGACUCUACCUCCAGCAUAAUCUCGUCUGCCGCGUCGAGCUUCCGGUCGGUCGACAAAAAGAUAGUCUUGGAGCACCACGUUAUCCUGGAGGACACGCUGAUUGCGGGCAUUUCCGUGUUCAGCGACGAUCUUCUGAUUUUGAACUACGUCCCGAACAACGAGCCUCCGGAGCUGAAACUUGUUCACCAGCUAACGUUCGAGGAGAUUUCCGUGGACCAGGUGGCUAUGAGCAGGCGCACAAAUCUUGGUCUCAACGACUACCAUCUCUACCAGCAUGGGUCGCAGUGGUUUUUGGUUUCUGCCGACGAUUGCAUUGUUGUCCAGCCGUACGGACUUCACGACCAGCUCACGUGGUACACUGCGCGCGGAGAGUACCUGGAGGCAUGGAAAAUCAGCGAGCUGUGGCUGGCCAGAGACGAGCGGCUGGCCAUAGCAGAGCGACACAUGGAGAAGCUUGUUGCUGCGGAGAGAUGGCAGGAGGCGGGUGAGUUCUUGGGCGACAUGCUGGCGCUUGCUGGAGACGAGGAGCCAGAGUAUAUUCAGCGGGUUGCAAGUUGCUGGGAUAAGUGGAUUGUGCGGUUUUCAGAGGCGGGCCACGGGGAUCUGCUUGUUGACCGUGUUCCGUGUGCUGCUGUCGGCGACUACCUCGUGUCCUCAAGGCACUAUAACUCGAUUUUGGAGCGGCUUGUCGAGCGGCACGAGUUUUCGAAAGUGGCGUCGCUUGUGGAGAAAUGGGACCACAGUCUUUUUGACGUGGAGGCGCUGCGAGACCGUCUGGCGGAGGAGCUCGAGGAGACGGAAGAGCAGGAGGCCUCUGUGCGUCGGCUGAUUGUCGAUCUGAGCGUCGAGCUGGACGAGAUGGAGAAAUGCGUCGAGCAUCUGAUUUGGCUCAAAGAUCCGGCGAUCAUGCUCUUUGUGGACGAGCAUCACCUGCUGCUGGCAAACCUGGACAAGUUGCCGGCUAUUGUGACGCUGAGCGCGGGCGGCAAGCCGUUGACGGCGGAAAACCUGGCCACGACGGUUGCUAUUCUGGUGGAAAACAGCCACGAGAUCCUGCCGCAGCAGAUCGUCGACACCCUGGACGCCGCAGGGCUCGACUACGUGAGUUUCCUGUACUUGGACGCCCUGGCGGCGAGCGACAGGCUGCUUGUCAAGGACUUUGAGGACGAAAUGGUGAAGCUGUACGCGUCGUUCAACAGAGACCACCUGCAGCAGUUUCUGAGCCGCCAUUACAACUACUCCGUGGAAAAAGCGAUUUCCGUGUGCGAGGAGAACAAAUGCGUUUCCGAGCUGGUCUAUUUGCUGAGCAAGGUGGGCGAGAACAGGAAGGCGCUCAGGCUGAUUGUGGACGAGCUGCGCGACCCGGAAAAGGCGAUCCAGUUCGUGGGCGAGGCCGACGACAGGGAACUGUGGGAUUUUCUGCUGGACUACUCGAUGGACCGGCCGGCGUUCAUCCAGACGCUCGUGGUGGCUGCGAGCGACCUGAUCGACCCGGUUCCUGUGAUCUCGCGGAUCCCGCGCGGCGUCGAGAUCACGGGGCUGCGCGAGGCGUUGGUGCAGAUCUGCGGCAACAUCCAGAUGGACCGCCUGGUGCACGGGCUGAUCGCGCGGCUGAUCGCGGCGGAGUCCAUGGAGCUCACCGGCCAGUACAUGCGUCUGCGCGCGCAGGGCACAGUUUUCGAGCUGGACCGCGUGCCGGCAGAGACGCUGGUGUGCCGCAACGGGCUGCUGGCCACAGAGGAGCAGUUUCUGGGGCACCGCUGGAAAGGCUCUGCGGCUACGCUGGCAGAGAAGAUAAACCACGUUGCGUAUAUCCGGCGACAUAUUGGGCGCUAA